CGGGCCGCGGACACGGCGCGGCCAUGGCCGAGGAGCCCAGCGCGCUGCCCUGGUCCAUCAACAAGGAUGACUACGAGCUGCAGGAGGUUAUCGGGAGCGGAGCGACAGCUGUGGUGCAGGCAGCCUUCUGUGUUCCAAAGAAGGAGAAGGUGGCAAUUAAACGGAUCAAUCUUGAGAAGUGUCAGACGAGCAUGGAUGAACUCCUGAAAGAGAUUCAAGCAAUGAGUCAGUGCCACCAUCCCAACAUUGUAUCUUACUACACAUCAUUUGUGGUGAAAGAUGAGCUUUGGCUGGUGAUGAAGUUACUUAGUGGAGGCUCUGUUUUGGAUAUUAUAAAGCACAUUGUGGCCAAAGGAGAACACAAGACCGGUGUCCUGGAUGAGCCCUGUAUAGCCACGAUCCUCAAGGAGGUGCUGGAGGGGCUGGACUACCUGCAUAAAAACGGACAGAUCCACAGGGAUGUGAAAGCGGGAAACAUUCUUCUUGGAGAAGAUGGCUCAGUGCAAAUCGCAGACUUUGGCGUCAGUGCUUUUUUGGCCACCGGUGGUGACAUUACCAGAAAUAAAGUCAGGAAAACAUUUGUAGGCACACCUUGCUGGAUGGCACCAGAAGUUAUGGAACAGGUCAGAGGAUACGAUUUCAAGGCAGACAUCUGGAGCUUUGGGAUCACUGCUAUCGAACUGGCUACAGGGGCAGCUCCUUAUCAUAAAUACCCCCCGAUGAAGGUUUUAAUGCUGACACUACAAAAUGAUCCCCCGUCUUUGGAAACCGGUGUGCAAGAUAAGGAGAUGCUGAAGAAGUAUGGGAAAUCUUUCAGGAAGAUGAUUUCAUCGUGCCUACAAAAAGACCCUGAAAAAAGACCUACAGCAGCAGAACUUUUAAGGCACAAAUUUUUCACAAAAGCAAAGAAUAAAGAGUUUUUACAAGAGAAGAUGUUACAGAGAGCACCAACAAUUACUGAAAGAUCCAAAAAGGUGAGGAGGGUCCCAGGAUCCAGCGGGCGUCUCCAUAAGACUGAGGAUGGCGGCUGGGAAUGGAGUGAUGAUGAACUAGAUGAAGAAAGUGAGGAAGGCAGAGCAGCAAUUUCACAGCUCAGGUCUCCCAGAGUGAAAGAACCUGUACAGAAUUCAGAGCUAUUCCCAUCGGCUGAGCCUUCAGCUCCUUCACUCAGUGCUCCAGCACAGGCACCUACUCAACUACCUCAGGCUGCAGGACCACCACCUGCACAACCUCAGGCUGCUGUACCUCCACCUAGUCAGGCCCCUCCAGCAGCCCCAGCAGCAGCUCAGGCCCCACCUGCCCCUGCUGCAGCUCCGAUACAGGAAGAUACAAAAGUCCCCAUCAGCCUUGUGCUAAGGUUAAGGAAUUCAAAGAAAGAACUCAAUGAUAUCCGAUUUGAAUUUACACCAGGGAGAGAUACUGCUGAUGGUGUGUCUCAAGAACUAAUUUCAGCAGGGCUUGUUGAUGGCAGAGAUCUGGUAAUAGUUGCAGCUAAUUUGCAGAAAAUUGUGGAAGAGCCUCAAGCCAACAGAUCCGUCACUUUCAAACUGGCAUCUGGUGUUGAAGGCUCAGAUAUCCCCGAUGAUGGCAAACUUAUAGGAUUUGCACAGCUCAGCAUCAGCUAAACAAUGGCCCCAGGAGAUGAUUCCCAACAGAGAACCCACGUGUGCAUAUUUGUAAUGCUUCUGUUAGCCUAAAAAAGAACCACUACUGCCAAAGAAUUGAACUACAGCCCCCUUCCUAGAAGCUUUAACAUUCUCCUUAAUAGGAUCACAAACCUUCCUGAGAUUACCGAUGGCGUUUACACCUUUUGUAAACAAGUCUCAUGUUUUUGUAUGUCAUCUCAAACAUGCAGAUCCAACAUGUCAUUGCCUGCAUGUUCAUGUUAUUAUUGCCUUACUUUAAAGAAAAAUACUACUGAGUACGAAGCGGGGGUUCCACUGCUCUGAUGAUCUCGCCUAAAUGUUUGCUUACAUGUGGUUUCAUUUUUUUCACUUGCUAUUUUUGCACAAGUUUUAAUACCGAACAGAUCUUUUGUUUUGUUUUUUACCUGCUUCUCCUUCCAUCUGAAACACCAGUGUACAUAUUGCUUGUGUCACCUGGAGUGCUGAGAAAUCUGCUUCUCUUCAGCUGUCUUUUUAAACUGCUUGAACGCUUGCACCUGAGAAGGCAAGCCAAGUCUUAACCCACAGGAGGGAGAGCCUUCUUCCCUUGUGUUUGUGUUUUUGAGAAGUUCCUCGACUUCAGAGUGUUAGAAGUCAGCUUCCCUUUGUAAACUGCCUUAAUUUUUUUUUUUGUUUUUUAUCAUUUGGGUUCUCUCCACAUGAGUGCCAGGCGUGGCAUGACGGCUGAACCUCUUAAUUUACGUUAAGCAGUCCUUCCUCAAAACAUGUCUUUCAAUCUACAUCCUUAGAUGUAGUUUGUUCUUAAAGCAGAGCAACGAGGCACUGCUGUCUGGAAACUGGUCUUGCAGAUGAUCAACAAACUCACCACUCACAGUCAGAGGGAGAGGAGAUCUGUGUCACUGCGUUUGGAAAAGUCGCGCGUGGGACUGUUCUUGAGAGCCAGUCUGCUGUGCCUGGCUGUGCGAGUCCUCCCUGACGUGUUUCCCGUCCCUUGCAAACUGGUACCCGUGGAACCAUCCCUGUCGUGACUUACAGCAAUAAAGAACUGCCAGCAGAGCAGCAUUACUGGGCAAGCGAGCGCCGGGCUGCGUCCCUCCUGCACUGAGCGCUGGGGUCGUCAGCCUUGGCGGCGGUCCGAGCCUCCGUGUCUGAUCACGAUGUCACCACAACCCUGUCACACGUACUUAGGUCUUCUUUCUAUGUGGAGUUGAAUUGGAAUUUCUACAGGAAUAACAUGAAUUAUACUUGGAGUUUGAUGGGAGACGCUUGUAAUGCAAUACGUGAAGAAUAAAUGGUGUUGAUUUCUUCUUUUCUCUC